UUUACAGAAGCAGAAAAUAAACCAUAAAAGCGCCUCAAAGCCUGAGUUUCGCGGCGGGCCCUGGCAGGCGGGCAGGCAGCGGCUCGCCGGGCUGGGCAGGCCCGCGCAGGUGGGACGGCUCCGCCUCAGAGCAGAGCCCGGCGCAGCUGAGGCGGGGAGCGGCAUCCCGGAAUCCCGGGACAGCCCCGGGGGAGCCGCUCCCGCCGCGCCACACCAAGGACUACAACUCCCAGCGCGCAUUGAGGCAGCCGGAGCCCCGUCAGGCCUACCGCUCCCAGCACGCACCGGGGGGGCACGAGCGGGGUGCGUGGGCACGGCGCCGCGCAGUGCCAGCUGGGAGCUGUAGUUGCGCCCGGGGGCGGUGCCGGGCCGCAGCCGCCAUGCCGGAGGGGACGGGAGCGCUCCGGGAGGUGCUGCCCAAGCAAGGGCAACUGUCGGUGGAGGACACGGCCGCCCUGGUGCUGUGCAAGCCCAAGAUCCUGCCCCUCAAGUCGGUGUCGCUGGAGAAGCUGGAAAAGCUGCAGAGGGCGGCGCUGGAGGCGGCCCAGCCGCCCGAGGCGGCCCCGCCGCCGCCCGCGGGGGCUGCGCCGGCCCGGCAGUAGCGGGAGGGCCGUGCCCGGGGCGAUCGGAGGUACCGCUCGGAACGGGGCCCGAAGGCGGGCGGUGGUGCCGGCCGGGCGGGGAGGCCGCGCGUCGGGCGCUGCUGGGGGAGAAGCUGCGCCGGUCGCUGCCCUGGCGCUGUUUUAAACGCGAAUUUAGAGAACCAGAACCCCUCGGAAAGCGGGAGGAGGCGAGUUCCACACCACCCUGCUCCAAGCCGGGCUUACCAGACCCGCUCGAGCACUGAUGCGCUUGGCUCCUAGAGCACAGCGUGUUCCCGGCCCUGGAAUGGCUAUUCCCAGCAUUUCGGAACACCUGAAAUUUUGACGUGAAACUGAAAAACAAAGGAGAGGCUCUACUGAGUUCCUGUAAGCGAGUCAUCCUUAGAUCCAUCUUGUUCUUGAGGAACGGCUUCACGAAGCUGCAAAGACACAGUCACAGUAUCUGUGCCAGCCUGGACACUCCUACGCAAGUCAGUUGUGUUUUCCAAAACAGAUCUCGUAAAUACUCACUUGCCAUGAGCUUAAUUAUUCUGUGCUCUCCUCCUGCUUGCAAUACCAAAGGGCAGCAUUAGAUGUUACUGCUUAAUUUAUUCUAUUUUAAAUAAAUAAAAAGGAAACAAGAGCUUCACAAAAAA